UCCCCGUCUACGUCAGAGGCGCCACUGGACGCGGCUGCCCACUCGCCGUCUGGCAGCCGAGGCCCUCACUGUAGCAGCGCCGCCAUGGCAGCACCACGCGCCGCGCUCCUCGUCCUCGCCGCACUACUGCUCUGCGCUGUCGUCGCUGCACCGUCAGGCACCAAGCUGACGAAGGAGCAGCUGCGCGCCAUGUUCAUGAAGAACCUGCGCCGCUUCCGGUCGUUCCCGUGCAGGGAGCCGCAGAGACGCUCCGUGAUGGUGGGCGACUUGCUGCUGCGGAAGGGGGACCUGUCCCCCAGCCAGACGAUCGCGCCGCCGGCCACGGUGCUGCACCUCUGCGGGCCCUCCACGGGCUGCUGCUACAGCUCCGACACGGUGUGUGCGCCGCUGGAAAACCAGACGGUGACUCUGCCGUUCCGAGUGCAGGACACCCUGAAGGGCUCCGCCUUCAGAGACAUGUCCAUCAACUUCGUCAACCACACGCGCUGCGGCUGCGUGUCCAGGACCGAGGCCCUUGGCACGGAGGAAGUCGUCUGGGAGACCAACAGCGUCCCUUGACUCGCUCCGGACGCGAAGCCCGCGUCGACACGCAGUGCCGGUCUGCGACACGGGUCCACGGUGUUUUAGCCGACAGUGUGCCAAACGAGCGAAUUAACUGAUCUUGUUGCAGGCUGAUUCUCUGCAACAUUAUAAGACUGCAUAUCAUUUGUUGUAUUCAUAAUAUUGUUAAAUACUUAAACCUUCUUUAACAUCUUCCAAUCAUGUAUUUUUUUCUUUUGCGAAUCACAAUAUAUAGCACCUAACACUUUUUAAUAUCAGUCAUAUUAUUUGCCAUGAGCUUUCUUUACUUGGCACUAAUAAAUUAAUAGAACGCUAUAUUGUUGUCGACAUGUGAUACCACACGUAAACUGACUGACACACAGUUUCCGUAUCCCAGGUCGCUUGAAUGAAAAGAGCUGGCCCGCGUUAAGAGAUGAGGUAAAUAUUGCGAGGGCAUCGGGAUCUCAUGCUGUUAUUCUACCCAAUAUCAGACCUUGGGAAGGCUACUUGCAGGGACCCAUUGACUUGAAUAGAUACUCGGGGAAGGUGCUAGAAUUAGCAACACAAAUAAAAGAUUUAGCGCAAAGAGAUAUAUUCUGAAAUUAGCACAGAACAACGUACUCUCAACCGUAGGCAGCCUCCACCGAUACAGACACGUUCGCAGAAUGACAUAUUCACCCAUAGCUACAUAACACGUUCACAGAAUGACAUAUUCACCCAUAGCUACAUAAGUUGAACUGAGAACACUUCAGAGUACGAAUUCUGAACCAUGAGAACUAGGGGGGGGGGGGGGGGGCAGAAUCCGGUGAACCUUACUUACCACAUGACAGGGGCUGCUGCUCCCCCGCAAAGUCGCAAAAUGCUAGCGAUCGCCAAACAAAUGAAACGGUGAUCGAAUGCGAGCUAAUGACCUUCCGAGAAGAGGUUCAAGAAUGAGCUCGGGCGGCGAUGCUUAGGGCUUUUGUUAGCUGGCCAGCACCUCACACUAGUGUGUCUAUGACUGAUAAAAGUAGUUCCUGUGCUAACUUCCUGGGUAGUCAAGCGGUUAGCUGUCGCCUGCUGGGCCAUAGACAUGGCCGCUUCCUUUCUGCCCCAGAAGUUUCUUAACUUGGCGCAUCCUCGGCCGUUGGGUCGGCAGGAUGUUCUCCAUUCAUGCGCGCCUCAAGACGAAGAAAGCGCUCCGUUUAAAACUUGAAUUUUUUUUAAUGGCCGCCGCCAUUAUGACCACUGUAUUAUUUCGCCACAAAAUGACGACAGCCGAAAUCUGUUUACAACCUUUAGUUACCUCGAAAUAAAUUUUAUAUGCAAAUUAUGGAUAGAGCAACGGUUUUUUCCUGGUCAAAAGGUUCCGAAUCUAUCACAUGCUUUCAUAUUCAUUAAUUACUCUCGACACAUUCUUUGUUUCCGGCCUUUCGGGGCCGUCCACGCACUCGUCACUGCACGUGGCAUUCUUGGGAGGGUUCGUAACACGAUGUGUUAUAGACAGCGAGAUAGUAUCCUGUCUGAAAGUAGAAUUUAAAAAAAAAUACCGCCGUGUCUGUAACCUGAGCCAUUACUAUUAAGAUCAAAAUUACGACCAUAUUUCAAU